CUUACCAGCUUUUUAAAACUAUUUUAUACACGAACUUUUUUUUUUAACUAUCCUAGGCUAUUGUUUUACUUUGUAAGUCGCUUUGGACAAAAUAUUCCAUAACCAUAAACAUAAAUUGUGACCCCUAGCUUUGAACCCUAACGUUACACGGAAAUUAUCAAAUGUCGAAACCGAAAGUAAUUGUCGCCGUCUGAGAUGAAGAAAGGCCUUGUCUCUCUUAUUUGUCCUGGGAGUACAACAAAAAAACAGCUGAGACAACUGCUCAGGGACAACGGUCACAGACACUGAAGCCACCCCAGACUCCAGCCAUCCAGUAAUAAUAACAAUUGGGACCCCAAAAUGACCGCAACCCUGAAGGAAGUGAUGAGGAACACCCUGGACAAUCUCACAGGGGCUGACUUUAAGAGGUUUAAACAUUACCUGCGAGACCAGGGUCGAUUCGCAUGGGGGAAGCUGGAGAAGGCCGACACAGACGAUGCCGUGGACAUGAUGGUGCAGGCAAACAGCAUGGGAGCUGGGGGCGUCAUGGUGACCAUCUUGAAGAAGAUGAACCACAACCAGCUGGCCAUGGACUUGGAGAGGGAUCUGGCAAAAUUGGGGGGUCAGCCGUGUAACCCGUGGCAGGGCGGAGGAGGUGGAGGGGUCAACGUGAACGUGGCGGCUCACUCUGGAGGGAUGGUGAACGCCCCGUCCAUGAGCGGCUGCACCAUCAACGGCCCUCUCACCUUCAGCUACGGAGGAGUGCCCAACGCACAGCAAGGAGGGGUCCCUUACUAUGGACAAGAUCCGUUUGGCAUCAAAAAAGGAGGCCAAGAGUUUUUCCGCAAACACAAGUGGGACCUAGAGACACGUCUUGGUCUCCUUCCACCUCUUCUAAUCGAGCUGGAGCGUUACGGAGUCCUCUCUCGUCUGGAGAGGGAGAAGGUGCUGUGCAAGCCGACCAGCCAAGAGAAGAACCAUGUCCUCCUAGACAUGAUUGAGAGGAAAGGAGCCGUGGCCAAAGAGAAGUUUUAUGAAGCUCUCCAGGCUCAUGAACAAUAUCUGGUGCAGGAUCUCCAGCAAUCAGCUAUGUAGAUCUUCUGCUAUGUUUUUUUUUAAACAGAAAAUUAAGUUUUAAACCCGAUGGUUUGGCUUGUUACCAGGAGAACCAAUUGUGGUUCUACACAGGUCUCAUAAAUUCAUUAUUAUAAGGCUCUGCGGGUAAUGGUUUGGCAACAAUUAACCCUUAAAUGUGUCUGCU